AAACUUAAGUGCAAAGUGUGAAAAACCAGUUGGUGAAUGACAUGUAGCUAUCGAUUAAUGUUAGAGAUCAAUAGGCAAGAGAAAAACUAAAACAGCACCUAACCUCGAAUGCGCGAUCAGGUGUAACCGAAGCAAUGGUUGAGAGCAUAUGAGCACAUAUUAAAUUUCUUCAGAAGUAAAAUAAAAAAGUACUAAAAUAAAAUGCAAGGCCUAGUUCCAAGAUGGGCGGAUAUUCGCGUGCUUCCCUUCCGUAUGACUACCUCGCAAAAGGUUGUUUUUUUCUCGCUCACCGCUGGCGUAGCUUUACUUGGCGUGCUUGCGCGGUUCUUACGACGUCGAAAACCGCCACGCCCGCCCCGUCGAACACGCAAAUACACGGGUCGACGUGCGCGAAAUAGCAUGCGUAGCCCCAAUGAUUUGAUAUCCAUAGCUGGUUCAAAAGCAUCUGCACGUUCCGGCAGUCCUCCGGGUUCUACUGUCGCCUAUUCGGAUCGCAUGUCCAUGGCAUCCGGAUCUAUAGGCGUUGGCGCACUUUUAUCCGCUGCACAAAGUCAAACAGGUGCAAUAGUUCUACACUUAACCGCCCAGCAACUCGGCGUGAUGGGAAUGGAAGCAUUGGACACAGUAAUAAAUUAUUGGGAGGAUGCGCUAGCGGCACACAAUUCACCAGGUGGUGUUCCCGCUUUGCUAACCACUGCUGAGGAAUCUGAGUUUUGUCGUGAAAUACAAAAUCUACUUGAUAUGGCCUACACAUUACAAGAACAAAGUGAAUUACUAUUCUUGGACCAACGCUCGGUACUAUUUCGGGAUGAACCAUCCAUCGAUGAGUUAGAGGAGGAUGGUAUGGGUCAUGCGCUCGAGGACGGUAACGAAGAGGAUAGACAUUCGCACAGAUCGUUGAUGAGUCGCACAGGUUCUGAUCCAAAUUUCGAUUCAGCUGAAAGCUAUGCCUCGGCGCUAGAUCAAGUUGCAGAUAUGCGUGAUUUUGAGGAAUUUGUGGACACAUCUUAUGAACAAUAUCCAUUGUACAAUGCGGCGCUCAAACAUCACGAAGAAACGCCUAUUCCUUACCGUACUAUUCGCGCUGACCUGGUGCACUGUUCGAGUGAUACAGAAUAUCUGGUUAAACUGCAUUGUGUACGCUUGGCAUUUCAAUAUUUAUUCAAAGAUCCCUCAAUCGGCCAAUGGGUUUGCGAUACGGGUCGCCAAAUACUCACCGAUCUGCUCUGUCUAGGCGAUAAAGAUACCAAAGAGUUUCUGGUGGGCUACGAGGAUAUGAUCAACUAUUUGCAGAAUCCUAAUAAUUGGGAUGAAAUACAAAAAGAAUUGGAAGCGCGUAAUGUGAAAGCAAUGACUUUUUAUGACAUUUGCCUCGACUUUAUUGUGUUGGACUCAUUUAGGGAUUUAGACGCACCACCCGCAAGCGUUACAGCGGUCGUACAAAAUCGAUUUCUUUCGAACGGAUUCAAAGAAAUGGCACUAAGCACAGCAGUUUGGUCUGUACUAAAAGCUAAACAGCAUGGCCUCAAGUACCCGAAUGGCUUUAUGGCUCACUUCUAUAACAUUUCAGAGCAAUUAUCACCCUUAAUGGCCUGGGGUUUCUUUGGACCCGAUGAAAAUUUGCGUGACAUUUGCCAUUACUUCCGUGAUCAAAUGCUCGGCUUUUUAGCAGAUAUUUUCAGUUUUCAAAGCAGUCGUUACACAACUGUGGAGGAGUUUGCCGAAGAUAUACUGCAGCAUAUGAAGACACGUGUAAACAAUAUCGGCGCGAAAUUUUGUCAGUAGAAAGAAGAAGGCUGAAAAGUUUUAGUUAAGAAUUUUACUGAACAAUUAAUUUUAUUGCAACGGCUAUUUUAAUAUGGAGUAGCAAAAUUUGAACAACUCUUUUUUUACAUAGUCCAUAGUUUGGGUGCAUUCCAAAACGUCAAAAUACAAAGCAUCAGUUUAGUUGAAAACUAGCA